UGGCUGAUAAACGCCGCCUGGCCGAUCAUCGUCCUCCCUCUCGCCGUCGCAUACUUUCUCCGCCUCAGAGCCGAGGGCCCGGCGACAAAGCUCUUCUUCAUGACGCCUAAGAUAUUCGCCGCCACGGCUGCUAUCGGACUCCUCACUGGCCUCGACAAUUUCCUCUACGCCUACGGCAUGGCCAAACUUCCGGUCUCCACCACCUCCCUCCUCAUCGCCACACAGCUCGCCUUCACUGCUGGCUUCGCGUUUCUCCUCGUCAAACAGACGUUCACGGCCUACUCCGUCAACGCGAUGGUGCUGUUGACCGCGGGUGCCGGGGUUUUGGCCUUCGGGGCCGGUAGCGACCGCCCCGCCGGAGAAUCUAGCAAGGAGUAUAUAAUAGGGUUCGUGACGACGCUUUUGGCGGCGGGUUUGUACGGGCUGAUUUUGCCGGCGAUAGAGUUGCUGUACAAGCUAGCAAACCAGGCGAUCACCUAUACUUUGGUUUUGGAGAUCCAAACAGUCAUGUCUUUCUUCGUCACCAUUUUUGCUACCAUUGGGAUGAUCAUAAACAAUGAUUUCCAGGUAAAUAUAUUAUUAAUCAGCAUAUAAGAUUAAGAUAUAAAAUAUAUG